AUGGCUUUCUCACAUUCCUUUCUUUUCUCUUUGAUUGUUUGUUUGGUCAUUUCUAAAUGUCAAGCUACUGCUAAUGUUAGUAUAUCAAAACUAGUGAUUGAUGCUAGUUCUAGAAGGCCUAUUCCAGACACUUUUUUUGGAGCAUUUUUUGAGGAGAUUAAUCAUGCUGGAGCUGGAGGAUUAUGGGCACAACUUGUGAAUAACACAGGUUUCGAAGCAGGUGGUUCUAGUGUUCCUUCAAAUAUUUAUCCAUGGACAAUUAUUGGAGACGAUUCAUCCAUUAUUGUAUCAACCGACAGUUCCUCUUGUUUUGAACGUAAUAAAGUUGCUUUACGUAUGGAUAUUCUUUGUCAUAGACAAUCAUGUCAACCCGGUGGUGUUGGUAUAUCCAAUCCCGGUUUUUGGGGCAUGAACAUUGAGCAAGGGAAGAAGUAUAAAAUAGUAUUCUAUGUUAGAUCACUUGGUCCAAUUGAUUUACAAGUUUCAUUUGUUGGGUCUAAUGAUACCGUCAAAUUGGCUUCAACAAACAUAAGGUCUUUUGGACUUAAAAUUGCAAACUGGACUAGAAUGGAGACAAUUAUUGAAGCUAAUGCUACAAAUCAUAAUUCAAAUCUACAAAUAACAACAAGCAAUAGAGGAGUAGUAUGGUUAGACCAAGUCUCAGCUAUGCCUUUGGAUACAUAUAAGGGUCAUGGUUUUCGAAGUGACCUUUUUCAAAUGGUGGCAGAUUUGAAGCCAAAAUUUUUUAGGUUCCCAGGUGGUUGUUUUGUAGAAGGAGAUUAUCUAAGAAAUGCUUUUAGGUGGAAAGAUACAAUUGGAGCAUAUGAAGAGAGACCUGGCCACUUUAACGACAUGUGGGGAUAUUGGACUGAUGAUGGAUUUGGUUUUUUUGAGGGACUCCAACUAUCAGAGGAUCUUGGUGCAUUUCCAGUUUGGGUGUUUAACAAUGGUAUUAGCCACCAUGAUCAAGUUAAUACGACUACGAUUUCACCAUUUGUGCAAGAAGCCCUAGAUGGUAUUGAGUUUGCUAGAGGUUCUCCCACAUCACAAUGGGGUUCUCUUAGAGCUUCCAUGGGACAUCCUGAGCCAUUUGAUUUAAGAUUUGUUAGUGUUGGAAAUGAAGAUUGUGGUAAAGAUAACUAUUUAGGAAAUUACUUGAAGUUCUACGAAGCAAUAAAACGCACUUAUCCUGAUAUUCAAAUUAUUUCAAAUUGUGACGGUUCCGAUCAACCACUUAAUCAUCCAGCAGAUCUCUAUGAAUUCCAUGACAUGUUUUCCAAGUACACCAAGUUCGAUAACGCCCCACGAUCCGGUCCAAAGGCAUUUGUUAGUGAGUAUGCUGUUUGGAGGGAAGAUGCUGGUGCUGGAAGUCUUUUGGCUGCAUUGGGCGAAGCUGCAUUCCUUAUGGGGCUUGAAAAAAACAGUGAUAUUGUCAGCAUGGUCGCCUAUGCACCCUUGUUUUUAAACACAAAUGAUAGGAAGUGGAUACCAGAUGCAAUUGUUUUUAACUCUUAUCAGAAUUAUGGAACUCCAAGUUAUUGGCUCCAACAACUCUUUACCAACUCUAGUGGAGCAACCUUGCUUAAUUCAACUCUCCAAAGUUCUUCUAGCUCAAUUGUUGCAUCUGCAAUUGAGUAUAAAGAUUCUCAACAUGGAAAGAAUUAUCUUAAUGUAAAGGUAGUAAACUUUGGAAAUGCUACUGAGAACUUUGAAAUCUCUAUAAACUGCUUAAAUUCAAGUGUUCAACCGUUUGGUUCAUCAAUGGUGUUGCUUACAUCUGCCAAUGUAAUGGAUGAAAAUUCCUUCUCAGAACCGAAUAAGAUUGUUCUCCAACGAACUUCACUUCAAAAUGCAAGUAAUGACAUUAAUGUUGGACUUCCUCCUUAUUCAGUUACAUCAUUUGAUCUAUUGAUUUAA